CCUUCGGCUCUGCCCGCACCUGACCGACGUGACCGAUAUUGAAGCUGGGGCCGCCGGGCGCCGGCGCGCGACGGAGUGGCCGCCGCCCGGGUGGACCGUGCGGCGCCUCGGCGAGGCAAAGCGGGCGGCCGUGCGCGCGCUGCGCGGGAAGGCGCAGACUGCUAGCAGCGCCGGGCGGCGCCUGGACGAGGAUGAAGGCAGUGGGAUCUCCUAUACCGGAGUCGCUCGCAUUGACGGCACCGAAAACGCGUCCGCGGUGGCUGCCGGAGUUUUGGACGAGGCGGCGGACUACCUGACCACGGCGGUGAGCAACGGGAAAUUCCUAGAGACGCUGGUGUCUGCUGUGGCCAACGAGACGGCCGCGACAACGUCUGGCCGACGUCUCGAUGCGCUGGACGGCGUAUCCGUAGACGUCAAUGCCUGUGUGGAAAUCAAAAUUUUACGACGCGUUCGUGCUGAAUCACAUCGUCGUCCUCCACGCCAUCGACGCGACGCCUGCUCGAUGGCGUGGGCAUCCCAGUUCCUCACCGCCCGACGGAGCAAGCGCGGCCACGCCAUCGCUGAGAAAUGACUUAGUGAAGAAUUGUCGGGUGCACCUGACGCACUGGUUGAUUUCCACACAGGUCAAUGCUACGCUGGAGGAGGUCGCGGAGGCGGAGGUGGCUUUUUUCAUCUCGACGCCCGUUCCAACUUCAGUGCCCAGCCCGGUCCCAACGACGCCGCCGAGUCCGGCACCAUCAGCGCUCCCCACUACCGCGGUUCCGACGACACCGCCCAGCGAAGUACCAUCUCCGGUCCCGACCUCGAAACCGUCCGCGAUGCCCACGGCGGUGCCGAUACCCGCUCCUUCGGGUCAACCGACCCCACGGCCGACGCCGAAGCCCACGCCCGCGCCGACGGCGAUUCCUGGCAACCCCACGGCUUCGCCGGUGUUCUCGCCGACGCCGCGACCCACGCCAACGCCGACACCUCGACCGAGCGAUUCACCAACGCCCGGGCCAUCACCUCGGCCGACGCCUAGCCCGUCGACGGCAUUACCGUCAUCCGUACCGACGACAUCGAUGCCGUCGGCGGUACCUACGUCCUAUCCGACUGCAGUCUACGUCAGCGGCCAGCUCAAAGUGGAAGGUAUAAGCCUCGACGUGGCGCUCGAAUACAAAGACGUCUUCGUGGUUGCGAUUGCGGCGAUUGCAGGGGUUUCCGAGGAAAAGGUCACUGUUCUCAUCACGGCGGCGAGGCGCCGACUCGCUGUGGAGAUAGCCGCGGCGAUGGCUGUCGCGGCCGACAGCCGCCGCGGUUUGGCGGAGGACGUUGCGAGCGGUCGGCGCCGGCUCUCUGGAGGCGUCAACGUGGAGUACACGAUCACGGUCGACGCGGCGAGCGCGACGUGGGCGAGCGAAAGCCUCUCGGAGGCGACGCCCACCGACGUGGACAGUGCCAUAGAAAGUGCUGCCGCCAACUUUACCGGGAACGGGACGAAUUCAAGCUCCGCCUUCUCGACCAUCCAGACCAACUCUAUCACGGCGGAGGUCGUCGUCGAGGGCGGGCCGCCGCCCGAGCCCCCAAACGUCACCGCCGCCGUGCCGCGCUCGGCCUCGAAGCCGAGGAUCAUUUUCCAGCGCCGGUCAAGGGCAGUCGGGGCGUUCUGGAACGCCACCGCGCGCGUGCACCGGCGCAUCGCCUGGCACACCGAGCGAGCCGCGGAGAGACGCAAGAAGGACAUAUCCGACGCAAAAGACCACAUUGCCCGCUCGGAUGAAAAGACGCGAGAGGCGAAGAAGCGCGCCGAGCACGGCUAUGCGCACGCGCGGCACGAGCUCUGAGCCUAAACCUACUACUAGU